AGAUAAUGUAUGAUGUCAGAACAACAAUCAGCUAAACCUCUGAUUCCAGUGCGCACCCCAAUACUCCCUUCAACACCCAGAAUAGAAACAGAAACCAAACACCAAACACCAGACAGGAAACUAAAAAUAAACCUGCAUCAAAAACAACCACUUGUCGACCGGAGAAUGUCCCUUUGCGUACCAUGAGAAGCUCCUCUAGGACCAUAAAACAAGAACUAUACGACCCGCUCAGUCCAACCAGAUCCCCUGAUGAGUUUAGCUGGAGGACUCUGUCGGAGAGUAUCUCUAGCUUCAGAGCAAAAUCAGAUAAGGAGAAUCGUUUAAAGGAGCUCAAGAAAGAGUAUAGGGAAGUAAAGAGCCACAGAGAAGCUAGGAGCAGCGAGGGAAAAGAAUACAAGAGAGAAUUCGGAAGUUAUGGGGGUAAGGGGUAUGAUAAAGAAUUGAGGGGCUGCGGAGGGUUCAAAACAGAGGUGAGAGAGCAAAAUAGCACAUUCAGGGAGGUUAAUAAUGAGUAUAAGGAGUUUAACAAAUCCUGCAGUAGUUUCAGAACCUACGACCCACUGGAUGAUGUUAGCUAUUUCUACGAACCAAAACGUGCAGCUUUAAAAUCAAACUUUGCGUCUCAACUGGAACAGUACUUUAUUCUGGACACUCCGUUUACACUCACCAAAUCUAUUGAAGAAGACUACCCAGUACCCAGUAAUGAGUUCCUUGUACCCCCAAAGUGGGACCUCUACGCGGAUCUUUUCGUGGAACAAGCGGCCGAGGCUCAUAACUGGAACUUCUUCGAAAGGAAGAUGAUAGCGAUAACCGAUGCAAGAUUGUUAAAGGCACAGAACGCCAUUGUCCGAGUAAGUGGUCCACUGAUUCGUACCCUUGGAACUAAAGUAUCUGAGCGAAACUGCUCGUAUCAUGCUAUUUGGAUCUCUAUUGGGUACGCUUUUUGGUUCCUGUCCAGAGUUCGUCGUCAGCUGCUGUUAGAAGCAGUGCUUGGAACUCGGGAUAGGAAGAGAAUAGAUCGGUACCUUAGUGAUGCAAACAAAAUGAGCAUGUUCUGGCCAGACAACAGUGAUUUGUUGGGAAAGAAGUUCUUUGAUCACAUUGUUCAGUCGGAGAGAAGACAGGAGGAAUUUAGAGACGUGCUGAUGAAGGAUGUUAGGAGAAGCUCCGACCAGAGAAUCAGAAAUCAAAUAAUCAGACCCCCUUCAGGAAACAAUUCUCACUAUGACCAGUCCUCAUCUUUUGGUAAUAGGCGUCUCGUCGCUCGUUCUUCAUCUCAUGAGGUUCGCUCCUUUGGUGAGGAUCGUGGCAUGAGGCAUUCCGAGGUUUCAACCCCCAUUGAAAGGAUCAAUUCGAAACACUCAGAUAUUAUCUCUCCUUCUGACCAACGUCCUCUACAAAAUACUGAGGUUUCCAAUCCGAUUGAUAGACGCAGUUCACGUCAUGCUCAUGACCGAAGUUCAAAACACAGUGAGGUUCGUACCCAGGAUGAGGACCGAAGUUCAAAACACAGUGAGGUUCGUACCCAUGGUGAGGACCGAAGUUCAAAACACAGUGAGGUUCGAACCCUUGUCGAGGACCGAAGUUCAAAAAAUAGUGAGGUUCGUACCCAUGGUGAGGACCGAAGUUCAAAACACAGUGAGGUUCGUACCCAUGGUGAGGACCGAAGUUCAAAACACAGUGAGGUUCGUACCCUUGUCGAGGACCGAAGUUCAAAACACAGUGAGGUUCGUACCCAUGGUGAGGACCGAAGUUCAAAACAUAGUGAGGUUCGUACCCAUGGUGAGGACCGAAGUUCGAAAUAUGCUGAAACUCGCACCCCUUGCGAAGAACGCGGUUCGAAAUACGCCGAGGCUAAAUCUUCCAGUCUCCAUGGUUAUCGGAGGCAGAGCGGUAAUCGCGUCCCUUGUUUCUAUGGUGAUGUACAGAACUCUGAAGUUUCAUUUCCUAGUUACAAAGGUAUUCCGUUAACCCCUGAGGUUAUAACCUCUAACUGUAAAAGUAAGGAAGGUGCACCAAGCAGGAAGAUCGGCAGCGAGGAUGAGGGUCAAAAUAAAGGAAGCUAUUUAUGUAGACAGUCUUCUAAAAGACGUUACAGAACCUCUGGGGUAGAUAGAACCAUUAUAGAAAGGUCAUGUAAAAGGAAAGAAAUUAUUUUAGAAAAGUCUGUUUCAUUAGAGGGCAACAUCUCUGAAGCCAUUUCUAAAAGGGAAGAUUCUCCAAUGAAAGGAGUGGAAAAUGAAUCCGACGAGGAAGAAGGUGAAAUAAGGGAUAUUUCUUUAAAAUUCUCCUUGAAAAAGAAAGAAGAUUCUGCACUGUCCUCUAAAAAUGGAUUUAAAGAGAGUGAAAAUAAAGAUGGACUCACGCACAUCACUUCCAAGGAAACAGAAAGAUCCCCUCAUUCGAACUGUAACAGUAAAGAAAACGGCGCCAAGAGAAAUGAAAAUAUUUCCAAAACCUCUUUGGAAAUAAACACAGAUAUUUGUAAAUCGUCUUCUGAGAUAAAAUACAACAUUUGCAAAUCGUCUUCCACGACCAAUGAAGACAUUUACAAGUUGUGUUCUGAAAGCAAAGAAUUCAUUUCGAAAUCUUCUUGUAAGAAAAACGAAGGCAUUUCCGAAUCAUCUUUAAAGAAAACCUCUUCGGAAAGAGAAGAAAGAGUUCCCGAACCUUCCUCCGAAAGAAAAGAAAGAGUUCCCGAAUCAUCUUCGAAAAGAGAAGAAAAAGUUCCCGAAUCAUCUUCGAAAAGAGAAGAAAAAGUUCCCGAAUCAUCUUCGAAAAGAGAAGAAAAAGUUCCCGAAUCAUCUUCGAAAAGAGAAGAAAAAGUUCCCGAAUCAUCUUUGGAAAGAGAAGAAAAAGUUCCCGAAUCAUCUUCGGAAAGAGAAGAAAGAGUUCCCGAAUCAUCUUCGGAAAGAAAAGAAAGAGUUCCCGAACCUUCUACAUCGUCACCAGACAAAACGGGAAAUUUUUACAAUUCACCUUUAAAAAGGAGAUGCGAAGAAAGAGAAGAAAGAGACCCCUCCUUCAAGAAGCAAAGAGUUCUAACAUCUUACGAGAACAGGUGUCAGUGCUCAGCUAUGUUUGUGCUAAGUAGUUCGUCUCACGAGGAGUUGGUAAAACAGAAAACAGAAGAGUUGGCUGCCCAGUUUGAUAAAAACAUAAAGAUCGAGGUGGAGCUCUCUUUCCUUAAGGAUACGAACAAGAAGCUGAAUGAUGUGAACAAGGAACUAGAGGAUAAUCUUCAAUCAAAUCAAGAGCAAUUAGAGAAGAAAUUAUCCCUGAUAUGUGAUCUACAACGGGAAUUAGACCAGGUCCGGAAUGAGUUAGACCAGGUGGAGAAGGAGCGGAGUACGUUCCAGACCCUAGCAUCUGAGAAAGAUACAAGGAUCAGUAACCUCAAGUCGGAUAACGAAGCUUUCAAACUUAAGGAGCGAGGCUGGAAUAUGGAGAAGAAGAAAUUGGCAACACAGAUAGAAGAGCUACAAGCCCAGGCAGCUUCACAGAGCAAGCUACUAACCGAAAGAGAGGACAGUCUCAAGAAAAUCCAGCGCGACAUAGACCUCCUAAACAGUGAUCAGACUGUGAACGAGCAACACAGACAACAGCUGACCAACCUGAGACAAGAGAUUGAGCAGAGGAAGGACAAGGAGAAGAUGUUCGAACUUGAGAAACUGAGGUUGGACAAGGAUAAACUGGUUCAGGAGAUCGAGACCAAAGCCAAGCUGAGGCACGGAGAGAUGGAGAGAACAUUAGACCAGGUGCAGGAUCUGAACAGUAAGCUGGAAGCUAACCUGGUAGUUCUUCAAAACAAACAGGACUCGCAGACGAAGGAGGUUGAGGAGGAAAGGGAAACGACUGCAAUGUUCAAGGCAGAGGCGGAGAGAGACAUUAAACUGCAGAAACAGAACGCGGCAAUGGAGCUGGAGGAGCUAAAAGAGCAGGCUGGACGAAGGGAGGCAGCGUUCCAGGAGCGCAUCUUAGCUCUUCAGACUGAGAUACAAAACCGACCAAGUGGAAGUGGAGUGAACACAGGAGACACUGCCACAGACCCAGCUGCUCCCAGCCCCUCGCCCGACCAGCUGGCUCCCAGCCAACUGGCUGUCCAGCUCCGGGACCAGGCUCGGGAGAUUGAGAGUCUGAGGACGGCCCGGGCGAGGAGUCUCCAGAUUGCUGUCACUCAGUUUCAGAAAGGUGACACUGUCUUCUUCUACUAUGACGAGACUAAGUCAAACUACUUGGUAGCCAACGUCUCCCCAAACGAGUACCAGUACUUCCUUCAUCCUGAUAACCUGGGUGCUCUCGGACUUAGUUUGGAUCCCCCUGGUAGGAAGCCGUGGGCGAUAGGAGUGAUAAAAGAUAAAGAGUUCUGCCAAGCUCGCAAAGUUAACAACAGAUUCAAAGUACCGGAGGGCAGGAAGUUUUACCGCGUAUACGCUCAACCACGUGACUCUAACAACGCCCCUAGCAACGCCCCUAGCAACUCUGCUAGAAACCCAGACUGAGAUAUCAUAUUGAACUGAAGACUGCUAAAACGUUGUUAACAUUUUAAUAUUUGACAUCCAUUUUGUUAGAAAAGUGAUUUCUUGGGAGCUCUUAUAUUUCUAUUUUCUAAAAUAACAGUGCGUUAAUUUGUAUGAUUUAAGUUUAAUUGUGUUAUAUUAUGAUUUUAGUUGACUUUUACAUUUUCUUUCACUUCGGUAUUGGAAACCAAUAGUAAAACUCGGUAAAGCAAUUAGAAAGAGAGUUCAUGGGAUCUGCUCAGUUAAUUGUACCAUCACUUACUUAUUUACAAUAUUUGCAGACAUUUAA